AUGAAAGAUGCGGCCGAGCUGCUGGGCCACCGGGAGGCUGUGAAGUGCCGCCUGGGCGUCGGCGGUUCCGACCCGGGGGGGCACCCGGGGGACCUGGCUCCCAACUCGGACACGGUGGAAGGGGCCACGCUGCUGCCCGGGGACGACAUCACCACGGUGGGCUCCAACCCCAGCUCCUUAGCAGCCAGCGCCAAAGACCCCGACAAGCAGCAGGGGCAGCAGGGCGGGCAGAACCCCAGCCAGCCCGGACAGCAGCAGGGGCAGCAGAAGCAGAAGCGGCACCGGACCCGCUUCACCCCGGCGCAGCUCAACGAGCUGGAGAGGAGCUUCGCCAAGACCCACUACCCUGACAUCUUCAUGAGGGAGGAGCUGGCCCUCCGGAUUGGCCUCACCGAGUCCAGGGUGCAGGUCUGGUUCCAGAACCGCCGCGCCAAGUGGAAGAAGCGCAAGAAGACGACGAACGUGUUCCGCGCGCCGGGCACGCUGCUGCCCACGCCGGGCCUGCCGCAGUUCCCCUCGGCCGCCGCCGCCGCCGCCGCCGCCAUGGGCGACAGCCUCUGCUCCUUCCACGCCAACGACACGCGCUGGGCCGCCGCCGCCAUGCCCGGCGUGUCGCAGCUGCCGCUGCCGCCGGCGCUGGGCCGGCAGCAGGCCAUGGCGCAGUCGCUGUCCCAGUGCAGCCUGGCGGCCGGGCCGCCGCCCAACUCCAUGGGCCUGUCCAACAGCCUGGCGGGCUCCAACGGCGCCGGCCUGCAGUCGCACCUCUACCAGCCCGCCUUCCCCGGCAUGGUGCCCGCCUCGCUGCCCGGGCCCAGCAACGUCACGGGCUCGCCGCAGCUCUGCAGCUCCCCGGACAGCAGCGACGUGUGGCGGGGCACCAGCAUCGCCUCCCUCCGCCGCAAGGCGCUGGAGCACACAGUGUCCAUGAGCUUCACCUAAUCGGCCCGCGCCGCCGCCCCCUCGCCCCCCACUCUACUUACCAGGGAGUCGACUCAGGAUCUGAAAUCAGACACCAAUGGACUGGUUCGUGGGCAGACAGACACACACACACACACGUGCACACGCACACAGGCACACACACACACACACACACGUGCACACACCCACCCCCGCGCACACACCCGCACACGCGCACCCAGGCCCGUGCUCCAGGAGCAGACACGACGCCUCGCGUCCUCACACCGCGCAGCAGAGGACUCAGGGGCAGCGGGGACCUCAUUUCACCCCUUCCCCCAUCUCCGGGGCUGUGCAGAG